GAUUUGAACGCAGCUCAUUUCUACCACGUGACUGACAUCAGCUGAUCGGCAGGCGGAACGAAACGGAAACAUGGCGGUCUCGCUGAACAGGUUGCCUGUCACAGAAUGUCUAAAACUCUGUCACAAGGUGGUGGAUGGACUGUGUGGGCGGGAGCCUCCUUGCAGGGGGGAGUGCAGCGCCCCCUGGAGCCCGGAGGAGUGGCUGCAGUUGCUCAGCUCUCUGACCGCCCUCUUCCGCCUGGCAGUGGGAAACAACAGCUCUGAUGAAGAGGUCCUGGCAGGGUUGGCAGAUGUGGGCAGCAGCCAUGCUGAGGCAGUGCUGAGUGUGUUGAAAGCUAGACGGGAAGAGAUCCGUGACGCUUUGCUGGACAGAACCAACUCCAUCUCCUCUACUACUCUGCAGGACUUUGACUGGCAACUUAAGUUAGCGCUGUCCAGUGAUAAGAUCUCAUCUCUCCACACGCCUCUGCUCAGUCUCAUUCUGGAUGUGAGGGAGAACAGAGCCCUCCAGUCUGUCACCAUGGAGAUGAACAGAGAGGAGUUAAACACACUCAUCAGUUCACUAGAGGCUGCUAAUAAGGUGGUGCUGCAGUUGAAAUGAUUGAAAGAUUUUGGACCACGGAUCCCAUUAUUAAAGGAAGCCCAGAGGAUGAAUGUCAUGUGUUGGAGACGCAAUGUUUUUCAGAUGUAAUGAGGAGUUAAAUGAGCACUUGAACAUUCUACAUAUAUUAAGUAGUUUGCCAGCUCUCAGUGGGGACUUUUACUUUUUAUUAAAACAACUUUAGUUCCUUUGUUAGUUUUCUCAAUUCCUUUAAAUACAAGGAACCGAUCAAAAUGUGUCAUUAGGACACUGAACAAGCCACUAGUAUUCUACAUGCAACUGAUUGUAAUAUAGCAUAUUUGUUAUCAGUAACUAAUAAACCAUCAAACUGGUCUAUAUGGUAAAGUCUUUUAGCAUGGAUUCAGGAAGAGAAUCUAACAUUCAAUCUUGUGGCACCGCAAUGAACUAGCAUGUCUUGGUUUCCGUCUAUGCUGCAGCGGCCGUCAGGGGAAACCUGGCAGCUCCCAGCUGGACACCUGGAAGGUGCGAUCCUCCACCUCCCGGAGAUAGGGAACUGGUUCUGGGACCACUGAGGCCGGUUAGGGCUGCCCCCCAGCUUCUGUACCUAUGGAGACAAUGGCCGCCUAAGUCUGCAGUGUACUGCUGAUUCAGUGCUGGCCUGGGUCCAAGCUUUUAUAGUUGAACUUUUCUUUUCUUCGAGAGAUGAUCUUAUAGUAUGCUAACCUCUAGUCAAUGCAGUGAGAAUUUCAAAUGGCUGGCACAUACCGGAAAAGAAAGCAAACAUCUGAGGGUAAUGAAGAAGGGUCAUUUACACAAUGCAAAGGACAGCAGAAGACUUGUUAAUAAACUGGCUUCCAGACUGCGUCAUGCUCUUUCUUGCGCACUCUGCCCAGGCACUAGCCCUUGCCUAAACCAAACAGUAUUUCUAGAAGGUGAGAAUGAGUCUUCUGUUUCUUUAUGUGUAAAUGGGCACCUCCGAAUAAUGUGAGAUAACAUGCCGAGCCCGAACACCGUCGUCUUACACCAAGAGGGACCUGGCUUUGUACUUACAAAUAAAUGCAAGAGUAACUGAGUGGAUUCCCCUACUGUGGUGAAUUAACUGACUGCAAUGGAACAACUGGAAGGUAGUAAAGUCCUCUAAGUGUUGGAAUAGUCUGAAGAAAGGUAUCUGGGAAAUAAGGUGCAUGUUAAUUUUCAUAUCAGAUACAAUAAACAACAAAAGUGCCACAGUUCUUUUUGAGAUUUUGAUAAUUUUCUGAGAUUUAAAAAAUAAAUGUCAUCAAAUUUA